AAAACUAAUUUCAGUUGUUCAGCGUCUGGCAAACGGUUCAAACCGAAAGUGACUCGAAUACAUUUUCCAAAUAUUCAAGAUUUUUAAAACCCCACCGAAUAUGAUGAAACAAGUGAUAACCGUGCUCCUCAUCGCUUUGUGCAUGAUGCACAGUGCCUCGGCCAUUAAGUGCUAUCAGUGCAAGUCCCUCACGGAUCCCAACUGCGCCAAGGACAAGAUCGAUUCCACCUCCAACAUCCGCACCGUGGACUGCGACAGUGUCCCCAAGCCGAACACCAUGGAGCAACUGCAGCCAGUGACCAGCUGCAACAAGGUGGUCACCAGCGACCGAGCUGGAACGAUCGUAUCCCGCGACUGCCACUUCGAGUCCAUCGGGCAAAAGAGCAACGAGUGCACGGUGACCCACAGCCGGCAGGUGGAGAGCUGCUACACCUGCAAAGGUGACCUGUGCAACGCAUCCGGAGCAGGUCGAUUCCUGGCUGUCAGUGCCACUGCUCUCCUGGCGAUCCUCGCCCUCCACAUGAGCUUGUGAUCCGACUCCCAAUCCGAUCCGGAAGUUAGUAAAAUAAGUGUGAAUAACAUACCUGUACAAAGGAGAAAUGUAAAUGUUAACUAUAAUAUUGAUCAAAAUAAAGUAAACUAAAAUAAAAAACUAA